AUGGGCGCGCUGUUCUCGCGCCUGAGCGGCAAGCUGUUUGGCAGCCGCGAGCUGCGGAUAUUGAUGCUUGGACUGGAUAAUUCUGGCAAGACUACAAUUUUGUACAAGCUCAAGCUGAAGCAGAGUGUCAAGACCAUUCCUACGGUUGGUUUCAAUGUCGAGACGGUGUCGUACAAGAACAUCAAGUUUAAUAUCUGGGAUGUUGGUGGUCAAGACAAGAUCCGCCCCUUAUGGCGGCACUAUUAUACCGGAACCCAGGGCCUGGUCUUUGUCGUGGACAGUCGCGACCGCGCGCGGCUCGACGAGGCGCGCCAGGAGCUGCACCGGAUCCUGAGCGACCGCGAGAUGCGCCACUGUGUCCUGCUGAUCUUUGCCAACAAGCAGGACGUCGCGGGUGCGAUCUCGCCGAGCGAACUCACCGACAAGCUCGGUCUGAACGCGCUGGUGGACCGGACGUGGUUCGUACAGCCGACGUGCGCGACGAGCGGCGAAGGGCUGUUUGAGGGUCUCACAUGGCUGAGCCAGGCGAUCCACGAACCCACUAGGUAG